AUGUCUACUGCCCCCUUAAACUUUUCGACUGUAGCAACCACUGCCGCACCGAAGUAUCCGUUUCUCUCGCAGCCGCCGCCUCAAAAGAAACGCCCCACACAGCCUCUGCCUUCGCCGCCCGUUCAAGUACCUACCACUCCGCGCAGCCCCGUGAUUGGUCGCCGCAGAUCCGCUACGACCUCUGCUAUCAGUGCUUGGGUUCUGAACAUCCAGCCCGGAUCACCUGCUCCUCCUACCCCGAGGCGCAGGACGUCCAUCUCGAGCUCUCGCCGCCCAUCCGUUUCUCCGCGCUCCUGCUCUCGGCGCCCCUCUGUAGGGUCUGGUCGUGUGCCCUCCGCGUCGUUCCUGAACGUCUUCGAGAGUCCGACUAACCCGACCCACGUUACUCCUUCUCUGAAGGAUUUCCAGCACGACCUCACCGCAGUCGGAUACGCGUCCGUUUUCGUGCACUUUCCGAAGACGCCUUCCUCUGCUGCGUACCCAGACCGACACCCAUCUCCGCUGGAGAUCCCCAUUUCUCCCGUACCUGUUGUGUCGCAGAAGCCAGCGAAGCGCGGUCUGAAACACUUCCGCUCGCUGUCCGCUCUGAGAGGGUCCCGCUCGCGCUCUAAAUCCACUACCAUGCCUUCGAUGCCCUCACCGCCCUUCAUGUCCCGACACCCUGCGCCGCCCGUCCCAUCUGCCUCCGCGCACAGCCGUGCGGUGUCGCGCGACGAUGUCAGCAAGUCAAAGAAGUCCAAGUAUGCAAAGUACCGCCCACCACCGCUCGCCACCGAACUCGCGCUCGCGCAGCUCGCCGACGGAGGCAAGAUGGAUGACCAUGUGAGGCGCUUCGCGGAAAGCCAGGCACGCGCUGGCGGCGCGCAAAUGGUCAAUGGCAAGCUGGUUGGCGUCGGUGACGUCUGGAGAGACGGUGCCGGCGGUGUCUGGCGGGACCAGGACGAGGAGUGGGAGUAUGCUCACCUCCUCGGAGGUGACCAGGACCUCGACGGCAACGAGAGGUCCUGGGUACGCUUCGGAUCUGCCUCCGCCGCCAGCUCUGGUGCCGAUGAGGAGCGGAGAGGUAGUUGCUCGAGCCAGGACUCCGACCUCGACCCUCGCUAUGCCAUGCAGGCCGACUCUGGCGAUGACCUUGCUGUCUUUGGCAGCGCCCUGAUGCCCUCCGCGAUGCGCAAGCCCGGUAUGUCCGUCCUUGCGCUCCCAUCUCGUGCGCGUCGCGCUGCACCACACCUUCGGAAACCCGAGUUCCUCCUCGACGUCUUCCCCGUCCCAGAUGCCUCCGCGCCGGCGAAGGGCAAACAACCCCUCUCCCCGCACGUUUCCAACACUCCAGAAAGCCGCCCGAUUGGCAAGGAGCGCCGCCGGCCCGCGCCGAUCGCCCUCCCUCCUCCCAGCCCAGCGGCGAAGUACCCAGCGAACCCGCUCGACGAUGUCCGGAAGGACUUCCUCGAGCACUCCUUCGCUCCCGCGCCCGCACCCAGGGUGCGCGACGAGAACCGCCAUCACCACCACCAGCAGCGUCCGUCAGAACCUCCACACACUGCGACGCGCGUCGAUUCGCGCUCAGCGGUGGCGCGGAAGAUCGCGGCGAGUGGGAAGGGCUCGUUGAAGAUGGACGUGCGCGGUUUCCUCAAAGUCAUGGGCGGCAAGAAGGACAUCUAG